GGGCAUUUUUGUUUUAAAAAUAAUUUAAAGGCGGCCAUUUUUGUUGCUUCUUCUUCUGGUGGGGAAAAUAAUUAUUAUCCCUCAGAAUUUAAAUAUUAUAUUAAUUUUUUUUUUAGAGAAAGAAAGGACCAUAACCAAUUAGGGAUAUGUUGGAUUGCUUUUUUAAAGACUUAAUGAUAAUCAAUGGGAUUUUUAAUUCUUUUUGAAGCAGCCUGAGAAGAAAAGAGGAGGAAGAAGGGGGGGUCGCGCCCCCUCCCCUAUUUUUCCCUCAAUCAAUCCAUUUUUUUUUUGCUAUUUUCCUUCCUUUCUUUCUUGUUUUUUCUAUUUUUUCUCUCUCCCUCAGCGCCACCAUGGCUUCUCCUCUGAGGGAAGACGACGAGGAGGAGGAGGAGAUGGUGGUGUCUGAGGCGGAGGGCGACGAGGACGGCGACGAGGAGGAGGAAGAGGAGGAGGAAGAAGGAGAAGAAGCAGAAGAAGAAGAAGCCCAAGCUAGGAGGGAGGACAACAACAACAGCAGCAGUUGCCCGGGCGGCGCCGCCGACAUCUUCCCGCCCGCAGCACCAGCCUUGCCGCCACCACCGCCGCCUCCGCCAGACGAAGAGGAGGAGGAGUUGCGCAACAUAGAGAGCCCCCUCGUCAUCAAGAAGAAGAAACGAGGGCCCAAAAAGCAGAAAGAAAACAAACCAGGGAAGCCCAGGAAGCGCAAAAAAUUACUCAGUGAAGAUGAGUUUGAAUCAGACCGAGAGGAGUAUCGGGCCAAGUCGGAGAGUGGCGGCAGCGAUUAUGGAGGAGUGGGGAAGAAGAAGCGAAGGAAGCACCGGGAGAAGAAGGAGAAAAAGACCAAGCGGCGGAAAAAGUCGGAAGAAGACGGAGUGCAAAAGCCAAAGGUGGAGCAGAAGUCCUCUGCUCAGCUGCUCAUGACCUGGGGACUGGAGGAUGUCGAUCAUGUCUUCACAGAAGAGGACUAUCACACCCUGACAAACUACAAAGCUUUCAGCCAGUUUAUGAGGCCUCUUAUUGCCAAAAAGAACCCCAAGAUCCCGAUGUCCAAAAUGAUGACCAUCAUGGGAGCCAAAUGGCGGGAAUUCAGUGCCAACAACCCCUUCAAAGGGUCGACAGCAGCUGUGGCUGCUGCUGCCGCCGCUGCCGCUGCUGCAGUAGCUGAACAAGUGUCGGCUGCAGUGGCAGCGGUCACCGCUUCACCUGAGCCACUGCAACCUUCACCUCUGCUGCAAACGCCUUCGCAGCCUCUUCCGAUCCGCAAAGCCAAAACCAAAGAAGGCAAAGGUCCAGGCCACAAGAAGCGGAGCAAGAGCCCUCGCGUGCCAGAGGUGAAAAGGAAGAUGAAGGGCAAGAAGAUGGCGCCACUAAAGAUCAAGCUGGGCAUGAUUGGGGGCAAGCGCAAGAAGAGCAGCUCAAGCGAUGAGGUGGCAGAGCCAGAAGAAGAGUCGGACCCCGACAACUCCAGCGUCCACAGCUCCUCGGUGCGUUCAGACAGUUCAGGCAGGGUCAAGAAAGCCAAGCGGGGUAGGCCUGGGCGGAAGAAGAAAAAAGUUGCUGGCGAGGAAGAGGCGGACGGCUACGAGACCGACCACCAGGACUACUGCGAGGUGUGUCAGCAGGGCGGGGAGAUCAUCCUCUGCGACUCCUGUCCCAGAGCUUACCACCUGGUGUGCCUGGACCCGGAGCUAGACAAGGCCCCUGAGGGAAAGUGGAGCUGCCCCCACUGUGAAAAAGAAGGGGUGCAGUGGGAGCCCAAGGAGGAAGAGGAUGAAUAUGAAGGGGAGAUGGACGAUGCCGAGAAGGAGGAGGAGGACGACCACAUGGAGUACUGCCGGGUCUGUAAGGACGGUGGCGAACUCUUGUGCUGCGACGCUUGCAUCUCCUCCUACCACAUCCACUGUCUCAACCCACCGCUUCCCGAGAUCCCUAACGGGGAAUGGCUGUGUCCUCGCUGCACGUGUCCCAUGCUGAAGGGCCGCGUACAGAAAAUCCUCCACUGGCGAUGGGGGGAGCCUCCAAUGGCAGUUGCUCUGCCCCCGCCGCCUGAGGACAACCCAGAGGAGCCUCCUCCCAAGGCGAUGCAAGGGCGCUCGGAGCGCGAGUUCUUCGUCAAGUGGUGCGGACUGUCCUAUUGGCACUGCUCCUGGAUAAAGGAGUUGCAGCUCGAGAUCUUCCACCUGGUGAUGUACAGGAAUUACCAACGAAAGAAUGACAUGGAUGAGCCUCCGCCACUGGACUACGGCUCUGGCGACGAUGACGGCAAGAGCGAGAAGAGGAAGAUCAAGGACCCUCUGUAUGCCGAGAUGGAGGAGAAGUACUACCGCUACGGCAUCAAGCCUGACUGGAUGACCGUCCAUCGCAUCAUCAACCACAGCAUUGACAAAAAGGGCAACUAUCACUACUUGGUGAAAUGGCGUGACCUUUCCUAUGACCAGUCCACCUGGGAGGAGGAUGAGAUGCCAAUUCCCGACUAUGAGUACCACAAACAGGCCUACUGGUUCCAUAGGGAGCUGAUUAUGGGCGAAGACCCUGCCCAGCCCAGGAAGUACAAGAAGAAGAAAAAGGAACUAACAUCGGAGGACCCUCCUAACUCUCCCACAAAUGAUCCAACCGUGAAGUAUGACAGCCAGCCCCGCUUCAUCACGUCCACGGGGGGCACGCUACACAUGUAUCAGCUGGAAGGCCUCAACUGGCUGCGGUUCUCUUGGGCCCAGAGCACAGACACCAUCCUGGCUGACGAGAUGGGCCUCGGCAAGACCAUCCAGACCAUUGUCUUUCUGUACUCACUCUACCGGGAGGGCCACACCAAGGGGCCAUUCCUGGUCAGCGCUCCCCUCUCCACCAUCAUCAACUGGGAACGGGAGUUUCAGAUGUGGGCCCCCAAUUUCUACGUGGUGACCUACACGGGGGACAAGGACAGCCGCUCCAUCAUCCGGGAGCACGAGUUCUCCUUCGAGGACAACGCCAUGAAAGGCGGGAAGAAGGCCUUCAAGAUGAAGAGAGAAGCCCAGGUGAAGUUCCACGUCCUUCUGACCUCGUAUGAACUGGUCACCAUUGACCAGGCUGCCUUGGCCUCCAUCCGAUGGGCCUGCCUUGUGGUGGAUGAAGCUCACCGGCUCAAAAACAACCAGUCUAAGUUUUUCAGGGUGUUAAAUGGCUAUAAGAUCGACCACAAGCUGCUGCUCACGGGGACGCCCUUGCAAAACAACCUGGAGGAGCUCUUCCACCUGCUGAAUUUCCUGACUCCAGAGAGAUUCAACAACUUGGAAGGGUUCCUGGAAGAGUUUGCUGACAUCUCCAAGGAGGACCAGAUUAAGAAGCUCCACGACCUCUUGGGCCCCCACAUGUUGCGCCGCCUCAAGGCUGACGUCUUCAAGAACAUGCCAGCCAAGACAGAGCUCAUUGUCCGAGUGGAGCUGAGCCCCAUGCAGAAGUACGGGGCGGGAUUGCGGGAGGGAGUUUGCCUCCCAGCUUCAUUUGCUCAACAAGCCCCUCGUUCCUUUUCAGCUCCCGGAGCUCAGCAGUUCUGCUUCCUGCUGUCCACAAGGGCUGGUGGUUUGGGCAUCAACCUGGCCACUGCCGACACCGUCAUCAUCUUCGAUUCAGACUGGAACCCUCACAACGAUAUCCAGGCCUUCAGUCGAGCCCAUCGUAUCGGCCAGGCUAACAAGGUGAUGAUCUACCGCUUUGUGACGCGAGCCUCGGUGGAGGAACGGAUUACGCAGGUGGCCAAGCGCAAGAUGAUGCUGACGCACUUGGUGGUCCGCCCCGGACUGGGCUCCAAGUCAGGGAGCAUGUCCAAGCAGGAGCUGGAUGACAUCCUCAAGUUCGGAACCGAGGAACUUUUCAAAGACGAAAACGAGGGAGAAAACAAAGACGAAGACAGCAGCGUCAUCCACUAUGACAAUGAAGCUAUCGCCCGGCUCUUGGACCGUAACCAGGACGCCACAGACGAUGCCGAUGUUCAGAACAUGAACGAAUACCUCAGCUCCUUCAAAGUGGCACAGUAUGUGGUUCGGGAGGAGGACAAGAUUGAGGAGAUUGAGCGGGAGAUCAUCAAGCAGGAGGAGAACGUGGACCCCGACUACUGGGAGAAGCUCUUGCGGCAUCAUUACGAGCAGCAGCAGGAGGAUUUGGCUCGCAACCUGGGGAAAGGGAAGCGGGUGCGCAAACAAGUCAACUACAACGAUGCUGCCCAGGAGGACCAAGACAAUCAGUCUGAGUAUUCGGUGGGCUCUGAAGAGGAGGACGAAGACUUUGACGAGAGGCCGGAAGGUCGCAGACAGUCCAGGCGGCAGCUUCGAAAUGAGAAGGACAAGCCGCUCCCUCCUCUCCUGGCACGGGUCGGUGGGAACAUUGAGGUGCUGGGCUUCAACACCCGUCAACGCAAGGCCUUCCUGAAUGCGGUCAUGCGCUGGGGCAUGCCUCCCCAGGACGCCUUCACCUCCCAGUGGCUGGUCCGGGAUUUGCGGGGCAAAACCGAGAAAGAAUUUAAGGCGUAUGUCUCUCUGUUCAUGAGGCAUCUCUGUGAGCCUGGGGCAGACGGUUCGGAGACGUUUGCGGAUGGGGUGCCCAGGGAGGGGCUCUCGAGGCAGCAGGUCCUGACCCGGAUAGGCGUCAUGUCUCUGGUGAAGAAAAAGGUGCAAGAGUUUGAACAUAUCAAUGGGCGCUGGAGCAUGCCCGAACUGAUGCCGGACCCCAGCGCAGACUCCAAAAAGUCCUCCCGAGCUUCAUCCCCCACCAUCAAGACCUCCACCACGACCCCAGACCCCAGUUGCACCAAUACGCCUUGCACCUCCAAGCCAGCAACUCCGGCUCCGAGCGACAAAGGGGACGGAGGGGUCCUGGCAGAAAAGGAGGAUUCAGAGGCCAAAGACGAGAAGCCGGAGAAGGAUGCCAAGGGAGGAGAGAAGAUGGAGACGGAGCCUUCAGUCCCUGAACAGCCCGUUGGCCCCACGUUAUCAGGUGAAAAAAUGGAGCUGGAAUCGUCAAAAAAGCCUGAGGAGGAGGGAUCGACGACCCCGGGGGAGAAGGAGCCAGAGGCUGAGCCUCCCAUCAAGGAAGAGAAAGAGAAAAUGGAUGUUGAUUCAGAGAAACCUGUCGCAGAUGAGAAAUCCCCCGAGAACGACGAGAGUAAAGAGAAGGCGGAGGGGGAAACGCAAGAGGUGAAGAAAGAAGAGUUGAAAGGCGAGAGGGAGCCAGGAAAAGACCUCAAAGCUAACAGCAUCAAAGAUGAGAGCCGGAACAAUGGCAAGAAGGAGGAAAAGGCAGAGAAGCCCCGGUUCAUGUUCAACAUCGCUGAUGGCGGCUUUACGGAACUCCACACCUUGUGGCAGAAUGAGGAGCGAGCAGCCAUCUCCUCCAGUAGGCUCAAUGAGAUCUGGCACCGGCGACAUGAUUACUGGCUGCUGGCUGGCAUCGUCCUUCACGGUUACGCACGCUGGCAGGACAUCCAGAACGACAACCAGUUCGCCAUCAUCAACGAACCUUUUAAGACCGAAGCGAAUAAGGGCAACUUCUUGGAGAUGAAGAAUAAGUUUCUUGCCAGAAGGUUUAAGCUCCUGGAACAAGCCCUGGUGAUUGAGGAGCAGCUGCGCCGGGCGGCCUACCUGAACAUGACCCAGGACCCCAGCCACCCGGCCAUGGCCCUCAACACCCGCUUUGCCGAGGUGGAGUGUCUGGCCGAGAGCCACCAGCACUUGUCCAAGGAAUCUUUGGCCGGCAACAAGCCCGCCAACGCCGUCCUGCACAAGGUGCUGAACCAGUUGGAGGAGCUUCUCAGCGACAUGAAGGCGGACGUGACCCGCCUGCCCGCCACGCUCUCCCGCAUCCCUCCGAUUGCCGCUCGCCUCCAGAUGUCCGAACGCAGCAUCCUUAGCCGCUUGGCAAGCAAAGGGAAUGAGACUCAGACUGCCCCGGCCUUCCCACCCGGACCAUAUGCCACUCCUCCCACCUUUGGAAGCUCUUUUGGUGCCACUCCUGGUGGGGCACUGCCCACCAUGGGCGCCAACUACAGCCAAAUGCCCACCGGAUCCUUCAUCACAGGUUAGUUUAAAAGUUUAUUU